UAUAAUGCAAUUCAGGAUCAGUAUGUGGCAUCUUUGAGAAAUGUUUCCACCGUGCAAUCUCUUAAUUCAAAAAGUUAUGAAGGACUGAAGCUACUUGUAAACGGAGGACCUCGUGCUCAGAAAAUGGUUGGGAUAUGGCUCUUUGGCUCUGCUGCUUGGGUGUUUAGUAUGGUCGUACUUGGAGGUGUUACACGACUAACAAGAUCUGGUCUUUCGAUGACUGAUUGGAAGUUUAGUGGUGGGCUCCCUCCUCUAUCGGAUGAGGAAUGGUUACAGGAAUUCGAGAAGUACAAGCAGUCUCCUGAAUAUAAGCGGGUUAAUCGAGGAAUGAGCAUUGAUGAUUUCAAAUUUAUAUACUGGAUGGAAUAUGCUCAUCGUAUGUGGGGAAGAGCUCUUGGUAUCAUGUUUGCUUUGCCAUUUUCAUAUUUUCUUCGAAAGGGAUAUAUUACCGUACGACUUGGACUGAAACUCUCUACUCUUUUUGCCCUUGGUGCUGAGCAGGGUCUGAUUGGAUGGUGGAUGGUUAAAAGUGGUUUAGAGGAACCGCCAACUGAAUAUGCACAGCCUAGAGUAAGCCCGUAUCGGCUUGCAGCUCAUCUCACUUCGGCAUUUGUUAUAUACAGCGGCCUUCUUUGGACAGGUCUCUCGGUGGUAAUGCCCGAACCACCUGCAGAAUCAAUGUCCUGGGUUAAGGGGGCUGCAAAAGUAAAGAGACUUGCUCUUCCUGUCAGCUUACUCGUCGGCAUUACUGCUGUCUCUGGAGCAUUUGUUGCAGGAAAUGAUGUUGGACAUGCCUACAAUACUUUUCCGAAGAUGGGCGACACAUGGAUACCUGAGGAUGUUCUAGAAAUGAAGCCACUUAUUCGCAACUUCUUUGAGAAUACCUCGAUGGUACAGGUGGAUCUUCAUCCUGCAGUUCGAUAUUUGAUUGGAAGCAAUGUUGGCAUGGCUGGUCUUCAGGUUACCUUGGGGAUAUCUACCCUUUUGUCAUACGUGCCAGUUUCCCUGGGCAGUGCUCAUCAAGCUGGGGCUUUGACACUAAUGUCACUGAUGAUCCUUCUCAUUCACACUCUGAGGAAGCCAUCACCCGCUCUUCUUAAAUCUCUGCCUAAAGUUGCCAAGACAAUCUAG